AUGAUCCUCUCUGUGGCCUCAGGCUCAUAUGAGGACUGCUGUUUGGAGUACGUCAGAGGGUUGAAGAAAGCUGCUAGGAGGAUGGUGACGAGCUACAGGAGGCAGGAGACGGAUGGGGGCUGCAACAUCCCUGCUAUAGUGUAAGUCUGUCUUAUAUGAGCCUUAGACAGGCUGCUCCAUGUCUUGCAGAAAAUGUAAACAGUUAAAGAGAUAUUGACAUUCAAUGUUGGUAUAAGCGCACUGCAGAGUAUCAGAUAAAUCCAACCGCUGCACGGCCCAAGAUUCAGUUACUUCGUGAAAUUAAAAGUACAGUAUAUAAGCAGUAGGCUACACUAGUGUUCGUCCUUGUAUUUUGGAGUUAGUCAGUCUAACCUUUCCUUUCCAAAUCCUUUCCCCAUCAGUUUCUCCAUGAAGAGAGGCAGGUUGUUCUGUGCCGACCCCAGAGAGAAGUGGGUGAAUGAACUGAUGCUGGAAGUUGAAUCCAAGAAAAAUAAAAAG